CAAUACUCCAGAAAAUCGAGAGAACAGAGCAGGCGUCGGACAAAGUGUAAAUUAUACCAGAUACCAUUUUCAUCAAUCGUUCGGUAGUGCUCAAUACUAGCUGCUAUUUUCCCUCCAUCUAUUUACAAUGCCUCACAUGAUGACGACCAGAAAACGCCAGGCAAGCCGUACAGACAACGAGGCGGUCGGUGCUCCCAAGCGGCCUUGCUAUCAGCCAAACCGUGGUCGCCGUCAACAGAGCCGGGACAAUAACAACAACACAAAAGCCAGGAGUCUGGUGAGCCGUCAACAGAGCCGGGACAACAACAACAACAAACAAACAAAAUCCCAGAGUCUGGUGAUGAAUUCUGGUUCUCCAGAGCCGAAGGAUGGCAGCAAUAACGGAACAGUGUGCCGGUAUACAGUGAAAAAUCCAGAGCCGCAACAACCAGAACAGAGACUAGAGCUGUCACCUUUUCGUACCGAUCAAAUUUCUGAGGUGGUAUCAAAAGAGGAGCCCAACGAAUUGCAUACCCAAGGCCCUAAUCCCACCCAGUUCUUGAUUAUACAGACCAGUCCAAAUAAGCUGUUUGUGUUUCAGCAAGUGGCCAACGUGGUGUCAGAUCGCCCUUUGGUUCCGCUAGUCCAGGAUCAAACAAAUCUUCGCUUGCAAUCAUUUGGAAUUGGAAUUGGACGACUUUUUUGGAAUAUAUUGAAACACAACAUCGCAUCGUACAUCAGAGGCUUAGAGCCAAAUUGAAAUUAAUAAAGUUAUGCCAGAUAUAGUUGAAUCAUUA